AUGUCCAUCACCCGCGUGUAUAGGGGUCCUAGUGCCACGCAUUGGGAGGACCAACAGACUAUCCAAGCACUAGACAACUUAGCUCGAAAUUCGACCAGACUGGACGUUAUGGGUGACUUCAAUCUUAGGUAUGUUGACUGGGAGCUCGGGAGGUAUCCUCGAGGUUCAGGCGAGACCUAUCUCAAAUGGAUUCGAUCCCGGGCCCUUUCUCAGCACGUGAAAGAGAACACCAGGUAUCGAGAAGGCCAACAGCCGUCGUUGUUGGACCUGAUCAUCACAGUGCAGGAGGAAGAAGGACAAAGUCUGGAGUAUCACCCUCCUUUCGGUAAAAGUGAUCAUCUUCUCAUCAAGAUGACACUUCAGUUGAAACUACCNUGA